GUGCAAUUUUGAUUGGUUUUUGUAUUUGUCGAUUUAUCUUCAAUCUUGUAUUUCGAUAAUUUAGAUUUUAGAAAAUCACCAAUUGUUAUCAGGUUUAAUUUAAUUUAAUAUUAAUCAAGUGAAUAACUAAUCAUCUCUUAAGGUGUUCUACGAUAUUUAAGAAAAUUUUGUUUCUUUGAUUUGUAAUAUGGUUGAAAUGGGUGAGAAAUAUAAUACUAAGUGUCCUGGUGUUAAAAGACUAAUGAGAGAAGCCAUGGAGCUAGCGGAAGCAACCGAAGAAUAUUGCGCCAGACCACUCGAAGACAACCUGUUUGAGUGGCACUUUACUGUUCGAGGACCUGUGGGAACUGAUUUCGAGGGUGGUGUUUACCAUGGCAGGAUAUUGUUACCAAAAGAAUAUCCUAUGCAGCCCCCCCACAUAAUCUUGCUUACACCAAAUGGAAGAUUUGAAGUUAAUAAAAAAAUAUGUUUAUCAAUUUCUGGACACCAUCCAGAAACCUGGCAGCCAUCCUGGUCAAUAAGAACAGCUUUAUUAGCUUUGAUUGCUUUUAUGCCUACUCCAGCAGAAGGAACUAUUGGAUCCUUAGAUUAUUCUCCUGCAGAACGCAAACUUCUUGCCAAAAAGUCUAACGCCUGGGUAUGCUCUCAGUGUGGUGAUAUUACAGCAUUACUUUCAUCCACAGCCGCUAAACCACCAACAGAGGAGGAACAAACCGUGUUAAAUCAAAUAGCAUUCAAGGGUGAAGACGAGCAAGCCAGGUCUACUUUACCAGAACCAGUCUUUGAGCCUCAAAAUGUACCUCAAUAUGCAGAAAGAGUUCUGGAAUCUUCUGACAACACAACUAGUUUUCUGGACCAACUAACUGAGAUCUUGGUGGCUCUGCUGGUAGGAGUUAUUGGUAUAUUCAUUUACAGACGUUGGAAUGCUCAUAUGCCGGUUGACCCUGAACUAUAAUCAUACUGACUAAUAUAACAUAGUAUUUUAUGAUUAAUUUCAUACUACCCCUAAUAUAAAAUUUAUAUGAAAUAAAUUGUAUAAUGUAUAAUUACUAAUGUUAAGAUAUGUUUAAAUUUUAUGUUUGUUUGAUAUAUCAAUCUAAUGUUAAUAAAAAUUUGUGUUUACUUUAAAAAAAUGUAAGGACUUUGUUUCAUAUUAUAUAUAUAUAUAUAUUAAUGUUGUAAAGCACAGGUCCACAUACCGUUAGUCUAAACAGAGUAAUAACUUAAUGAAAGAGCUAAAAUAUCGGCACUGAUUGUGAAUUAAUACAUCACUAUAAUUUGUGUGAUUUUUAUUUUAUGUCUGUAGAUAUUAAGUACUAUUUAUUAAUUAUAGAUGUAUUGUAUAGUUAGGUGCAAAGUAAUAAAAUUUGACUUCAACCAGACCUAAAGGGUGUUUCAGACAAGUUUCUUCUCUUUUGUAAUAUACCUAUAUGUAUCAUAAAUUUUAUGACUUUUGCACUUAAAGUUCGUAGUAACAUUCCAAGAGCUUACAAAACACUAACUAGUCAUUCACUUGGGUUUAAUGUCAAAAUUUUUAAAUCAUUGCCAAAAAUCUUAUAAAUAUUAGCCUGAAAUUUUUCCGAAAUUUAGGUAAACAGUGACUUAUUUCUUAAGUGUUAAUAAAAAUAUCAUUUUCUUUGUGGAUGUAGUUACUGUUCAAAAUUAUUUCUAUUCUCUGUUGCAAUUUGUAAGACAAAAUUGUUGUUUCAAGUGAGUUAACAUUACCUUUGCCCAAUUUUGUCUGACACUGUAAGUGACAUUUCUCAAUACAUAUAAGUAAAUUGUAAUUUGCAUGUAUGUUGAUUGAAAAUCAAUUGCUGUUAUUACAAUGAAAGCUUUUCAUUAUAUAGACAUAUAUUUUAAAUAAUUAUUUACUUUACAAAUUUACUGUAUGUGAGUAAAAUAAAAUUGAUAAAUUACA